CUCCCCUUCAACUAAGAUGUUCCUCUCCCCAUACAACCUCAUAAUCCUCUGUGUUAACAUGUUUAAACAGAGUAAAAAGACAAACAAUAAGAUCAAAACUGGAUCAUUCCGGUCGAUUUUUAUGCACGCCGACGGUACCGACAUGUUUCUGAUGACUCUCGGGUGUUUCGGUGCUGUUGGCGACGGAAUUGCGAUGCCGACUAUGUUACUUUUCACUAGCACCAUCAUGAAUAAUAUUGGAGACUCUUCUUCUUUCACAGUUGAUGUCUUCACUGAUAAAAUGAAUAAGAACGCUGUAAAUCUUUGUUACAUGGCUAUUGGGAUUUGGGUUGCAUGUUUUCUUGAGGGGUAUUGCUGGGCAAGAACAGCAGAGAGACAAGCAUCAAGAUUGAGGUCAGCUUAUUUGAAAGCAGUAUUAAGGCAAGAAGUUGCGUAUUUUGAUUUGAAUGUUACAAGCACAGCUGAGAUCAUUACUAGUGUUUCUAGUGAUAGUCUUGUUAUUCAAGAAUGCAUCAGCGAAAAGGUACCAGUGUUCUUAAUGAACAUUUCAGUUUUCAGCAGUGCAUACAUAGUAGCAUUCAUAUUACUAUGGAGGCUAGCAAUUGUUGGAGUUCCAUUUAUAAUAGUUCUAGUCAUACCCGGUCUGAUAUACGGGCGUGUUCUGUUAAACUUAUCAAGAAAAACAAGAGAAGAGUACAACAAGGCCGGUACAGUGGCCGAACAGGCGAUCUCAUCCGUGCGAACGGUCUACUCGUUCGUCGGUGAGAACAAGAGUUUGUUAGAGUACUCUGCUGCUUUAGAAGGCACUGUAAAGCUCGGUUUACAGCAGGGGUUGGCUAAAGGUGUUGCCAUUGGUAGCAACGGUGUCGCUUUUGCGGUUUGGUCGUUCUUGUGUUGGUAUGGUAGUAGGUUGGUGAUGUACCAUGGAGCUAGUGGUGGAACUGUGUUUGCUGUUGGUGCUGCCAUUGCCACUGGUGGACUAUCACUAGGUUCCGGAUUAUCGAACGUGAAGUACUUCUCGGAUGCAAUGGCUGCAAGCGAACGCAUACGCGAAAUCAUCAUACGAGUCCCCGAAAUCGAUUCAGACAACAUGGAAGGUGAGAUACUGGAACAAAUAUCCGGGGAAGUGGAAUUUAAGAACGUUAAAUUCACGUAUCCGUCACGACCAGAAUCUUUGAUAUUCAAAGAGUUUAACUUAAAGGUUCCCGCGGGGAAAACAGUGGCGUUGGUGGGUGGGAGUGGGUCGGGUAAAUCUACGGUGAUCGCGUUGUUGCAAAGGUUUUAUGAUCCUCAAAGAGGAGAGAUUUGUGUGGAUGGUGUGAGGAUUGAUAAGCUACAACUAAAGUGGUUGAGAUCACAAAUGGGGUUGGUGAGUCAAGAGCCUGCUUUGUUUGCAACAACUAUUAAGGAGAAUAUACUUUUUGGUAAGGAGGAUGCUACUAUGGAUGAAGUUGUUGAGGCUGCUAAAGCUUCAAAUGCUCAUAACUUUAUUUCUCAGUUGCCUCAAGCCUAUGACACUCAGGUUGGCGAACGAGGAGUUCAAUUGUCGGGUGGGCAAAAACAAAGAAUUGCAAUUGCUCGUGCAAUAAUCAAGUCACCACGUAUCCUUCUUUUGGACGAGGCUACAAGUGCACUCGACACAGAAUCAGAACGAGUGGUUCAAGAAGCACUUGAUCAGGCUGCAGUUGGUCGAACCACCAUCGUCAUAGCUCACCGCCUCUCAACUAUUAGAAACGCAGACGUCAUAGUGGUGGUGCAGGAUGGUCAAGUUGUCGAGUCUGGUUCCCAUCAUAACCUCAUCCAACUUGAAAACGGCCUCUACACAUCACUCGUUCGCCUCCAAGAAACCAAACGAAACGAUGCACCACCCACUCCUUACCCUCUUGGACCAUCGUCGGUCACUGCAGCCUUUGAUGUCCAUAACACGAGCAGCCGUAGGCAGCCAAUGUUUAGCCGGUCGAGCUCUGCAAGCUCAGUCAACAACAUUGGAGGUGAGAACAUGAACAUGAACAUGAACAUCACCUCUCGGGUCAACCAAGAAUUUCCGGUUCCUUCCUUUAAGAGGCUUUUAGCAAUGAAUAUUCCCGAAUGGAAGCAAGCAUUGUUAGGGAGCGCAGGCGCAAUUCUAUUCGGUGCGAUUCAACCCCUUUAUGCAUUUGCUUUGGGGUCAAUGAUAUCCGUUUAUUUCUUACCCGACCACGAGGAAAUCAAGCGCAGAACGAUGAUUUAUGCAUUGUAUUUCUUGGGUUUAGCGGUUUUCUCGAUGGUAGUCAAUAUCAUUCAGCAUUACAAUUUCGCUGCCAUGGGUGAGUACUUAACCAAGAGGGUUCGCGAACGUAUGUUGUCAAAGAUGCUCACCUUUGAAAUUGGGUGGUUCGAUCGCGAAGAAAAUUCAAGUGGAGCCAUAUGUUCCAGGCUUGCUAAAGAUGCCAAUGUGGUACGGUCAUUGGUGGGUGAUCGAUCCGCGCUUCUAAUUCAAACAUUUUCGGCAGUGACAAUCGCGUGCACGAUGGGGUUGGUAAUUGCAUGGAGAUUAGCAUUGGUUAUGAUCGCGGUUCAACCGCUUAUAAUCGUGUGCUUUUAUUGCAAACUAGUUUUGUUAAAGAACAUGUCACAAAAAGCCAUGAAAUUACAAGAGGGAAGCAGCAAGCUCGCAGCUGAAGCAGUCGCGAAUCUACGUACAAUCACGGCCUUUUCAUCUCAAACGCGGAUCCUCAAAAUGCUCCACGAGGCCCAAAAAGCACCAAUGCAUGAAAGCAUCAAGCAAGCUUGGUAUGCAGGAUUCGGGCUCGGGUUUUCUCAAAGCCUCAUGGCUUGUACUUGGGCUCUAGACUUUUGGUAUGGUGGGAAAUUGAUUAGUGACGGUCAUCUCGGAUCGGAAGCUUUGUUUCAAACGUUUAUGAUCUUGGUAAGCACCGGGAGGGUCAUUGCGGAUGCCGGGACCAUGACAAAUGAUCUAGCUAAAGGGUCCGAUGCAGUGCAGUCGGUUUUCGCGGUGUUGGACCGUUACACUUUGAUAGAGCCCGAGGAUCCGGAUGGUGAGAAGCCCGAGAUCAUUACGGGUCACGUAGAAAUACACAAUGUGGACUUCGCGUACCCUGCUCGGCCUGACGUCAUGAUCUUUAAAGGGUUCUCUAUAGAUAUCGAAGCUGGGAAAUCAACCGCGCUGGUUGGACAAAGCGGAUCCGGAAAAUCGACCAUCAUCGGGUUAAUCGAGCGUUUUUACGAUCCAAUAAAAGGCGUUGUCAAAAUCGACGGUAGAGAUAUAAGGUCGUAUCAUUUAAGAACUCUAAGAAAAUAUAUCGCACUCGUGAGCCAAGAGCCAACACUUUUCGCGGUUACUAUACGUGAAAACAUCGUAUACGGAGCUUCUAAGGAGGUUAGUGAAUCCGAGAUAAUCGAGGCUGCAAAAGCAGCCAAUGCUCAUGAUUUUAUAACAGUUAUGAAAGAUGGGUAUGACACAUGGUGCGGUGAUCGAGGUGUACAACUUUCCGGGGGACAAAAACAACGCAUCGCUAUAGCCCGUGCCAUAUUGAAAAACCCCACUGUUUUGUUACUAGACGAAGCGACUAGUGCACUAGAUAGUCAAUCAGAAAAGGUUGUACAAGAGGCACUCGACCGAAUGAUGGUUGGGCGGACUAGUCUAGUGGUUGCGCACCGGCUAAGCACCAUACAAAGUUGUGACACAAUUGCGGUUUUGGAAAAGGGGAGGGUGGUUGAGAACGGGAACCAUGGUUCGUUACUAGCGAGAGGGCCGACUGGAGCUUACUACUCCUUGGUUAGUCUCCAGAAGCCGACUUCUACUAACCAUACGAUCGGUUAACGUUUAAAUGGUGGUUCGCUUCAGGUUUCAAGAUCGCAAGUGUUGAUAUUGAACGAUUUUGAUUCGGGUUUGGAAGCGUUUAGUGACAUUGGAGGGUGGUAUGUAUAUACUAGAAGGUUUCUUAGACAUCAUCUCUUAACACAGAAAUGAUUCUAAAUAGUAGAUAUAUAUAUUUGUAUCAUCAAGUAAAUAAAUGGAUUUGAUCCAAUAAUUUGAAUUGACCCUAAUGAUCAAUUGUGGGGUAUACUUCUUUUGAUAA